AGUGGCUCUAUUUUUUAUUUUUAUAAAUUAGUUCUUUUUUAGGUAAUGAAAUUAUUGAUUUUGUUUUUAUUUUUGUGUUCGUUAGAUUUUGUUUGGUUUCUGAGAAAAUUCAGCUGAGGAGAGAGAAACUGAUUUGAAAUCUUACAUUUUCUGGUCUAGUUGCCUAGUUAACGAAAUUUAAAGUUUCUUUUUCUCUGGAACGAUUACACGGAGAAUAUAAGGUUUCAAAGCUCUGGAUUCCUUUUUCCCUUUAACGCUAGGUUUCUCAGUGGCCAAACAGUACACUAGGGUCAAAUUGAUGAAAUUGGAUAAUUUAGAGUGUCAUUCUUUGCUUCUGUGCCUGCGUGUGUGAAAGUGAAUUUUGGUUGAGCUAUGAUUGUGUAUGAAAUUGAAUUGCAAUGCGUGGAUUGCUGUGGAUGUUAUUUUUGGUUGAAUUAACUGAGAAUUUCGCAUUCAAUCUGUAUCUUAAUUUUUCCGGUUAUUGCUGAUUUAUGCUCCAUUCAAAGUUUUUUCUGCUAGAUUACGGCUGAUUUAUGCUCCAUUCAAAGUUUUUUUCUGCUAGAUUAUGGUUGUUUAAUUUCAAUUAGUGUGGUGAUAUGAUUGUCUUGGUGCAUUUUCUGUGUUAAUUAUAUACUGUUACAUUUUUGAAUGUUUAGUUUAUGUUUACAUGUUGUAUGAUAUUUAAAUCUACGCGGGAACGCGAGUUAUAUCAUGUGUUUGACGCGUGUGGUGAUUUCCUGUUUCAGUAGUUUUUUUUUUUUUUGGUUUGUAGUUGCGUGAUAUCAUUAUCGACGCUGUUGUUUGCAGUUUAUAUUUUAUGUGGCAAAUAUCAUUUGUAGUUUUGCGAGCAUAUUAGGAACUUCUUCGAUUAUGUGCAUUCUGGUUGGAAGUCAAUAAAGCAGUUCCUUAGUAGGGUUGAUAUUGCUCCAGUAAUCUUUCUAGGAAAAACUCUUUGUUGGUAAAGGAGGCACCAGCCUUUCAUUUGACUUUGAUUUUGUUAAAUUAAAUAUUAUUAAGCAGAUAUAGUAGUCGAAAUUAUGUCUGCUUUCGGUGUAUUGAAUUCUUUAUUAAUGGAGAAACCAACACCGCAGCUGAAAUGGUCUUCCUUGAAGGUGUUAUGAAAUAAUUACAUUGCAUUAUGAGAGUGUUGUGUUUGGAAACAACUACUCAUCAUUCAAUGGGGGUAUUAUUAGGAUUGAUUUAAUUAACAAAGAGUGAACCUUUAUAAAGAUUUAAUUAACAAAGAUUGAUUUAAUGGCAUAGGGAAUUUAGAAGCACACCCUAAUUGUGUGUUUUUUUUCUUUUUCUUGCUAAUAUGUCUCAAUAUUUUGAACCUCUAAUUAAGAGGAGGAGGAAGAAAUGGGGGAAGGAAGUAAACUACAAAUAUGAUCAGAACAAACAUGACAUCAAGUAGUGGAAAAAAUAACUUUGGAAGUCGGGGUAAAGUGGCUUUUUUUAUUUGGAAGUAGCUUUAUGGACACAAAGAGUUACUGCAAAUAUAAAUAGAACGAAAGUGAAUUCAUGAAGUAACUUACUGACUUAGGAAGCUGGGGGUGAAAAAGCUUUUUGUUUUGGUAGUGUCUUUAUGGACACAAAAUUAGGUACCGGAAAAAAUAUACAUUUUUGUUUUGGUAGUGUCUUUAUGGACAAAAAAUUAUGUACCGGAAAAAGAAAACACCACUACUCAAUAACUCAGCGUUUCUGUAACAUUUGCUCAAUAUAUCUUGUAAUAUUUACAAAUUCUUUAUAAACGUUUGAGGCAUUUUGGAUUGUAAGUGACAUACUUGGUGCAUUUUGUAGGCUAACGACUACUACAGCCGUUCAUGCUAAUGGCAGUGAAAAAGUAAAUUGAGUGGAAUAGCAUAAACAACUAUUCUAUCUCUAGUAAGCUAUCUUGUGUUGACUGUCUAAAUAGAAGCCAGCUAAUAAAAAGCCACUUCUUUUAUGCCCCGUGGUCUGUGCUCGGUCUUUCCAUCUUCUUCUCUUACCAAGUAUAAGUGUUUACCACGUAUAAGUACUUGUGGAGUGUGGGGUUUAGCGGGGAUUAAAUCUUUAAGAGAGAGUUUCACAUUAGACUAGAGUAGACUUGCAUUAAAAAAAAAAAAAAAAAAAUCUUCUCCGUCUUUGUGAACCCUCCAAAAAGAAAAAUUAUGCCGGACAAACAAACAGCAUUUGUUAGGUUUCACCAUCUCUGCUAUUCAAUAGGAACUCUUCACACUGUCAUAAACUCUAGAGUGGGCCACUAUAAAGUGUAAACAUACCUGGGAAAUGGGUAAUUAACUGCAUCACCUCUUUUUGUGGUCCUUAGUUUCAUUGCUCCACCCUUACCAAAAUAGCAUUAGGCCUCUCUGUCCCCUUUCUAAAUCUUAAACUGUUAUUGAAACCUAUCAAUUUACAAUCCAUGUCAGUAGAGAGAGAUGAUGCUCCACAAAUCUGGGUAAGGAUUGUAUCUUCUUGGAUAUGAGGAUUGAGGAGCCUCAGUCUUGGAGGAUACUGAUAUCUUCUGGCAAUCAGACCUAAAACCUAUUACAAUUGUUGUGGUUCAAGACUCAAUUAAUUAGAUAAUGAGAGGAUUUUUUAAGACACAGAUGAACUGAAUUGUGACUGGGGAGAAGCCUCUCAAGUCCUUUGACAUAAGGUUUUAAGAUUGUGGUAAGUACAGUUCUCAAUGGAGACUUGGUUCAGAUAUGCCAAUUGAGGUAGGCUUGUCCUUGUCGGACACUCAAAAUGACACUUUUCUUCAAUCUCACUUACCCUUCAAUUUCUUUUUUGCUUUCUGGAGCGCAUUUGAUUGUGUGAUGUAUUGCUUUUACCUUAGGUUGGGGCAUCUAUUGGUCGUAUCCAGUAUAGUGGAUUUGGUUCCAAUCAAGAAGUGAUCAUGCCAAGCUAUUCGUUUCUAUAAAGUAUACACAGAUGGAGGCUCUGGAGUUCCGUUAUAUGGGACUCUUAUAGAUCUACUUGUUUUGAUGAAUCCUUGUCUUGGAGUAUUGCUGAUUGGAGCACUUCAACCUUACUUGGAUUAUGUUGUUGCUGAUUUCCAUUGGUCUGCAGCUGUGUAGAAGAAAUCAACAGUAGCAUGCGGUGUUUGCCUGGCAUGGUGCUCUAGGCUUAUUGCCAGAUUCUAGAUAAUUUAUAAUUCUAUCCAAAGUAUCCAAUGGGGGAACUGGCUAUGGCAAUUAAUCAUUCUGAGUCUCAACAAUUUGCGCUUCAAGACAUACAACAUAUAGCCUUCAAAGGGAAGGAAUUGGAAGCUGUCUACUCUGAACAGUCAAAUCAGGAUUGCAAGAUUGCAGAAGAAUCAGCAGAUUCUACAAAAACUGCUGAAGUAUUUGAGAAAGGACUUAUGCAAUAUGGAUGUUCACAUUAUCGGCGAAGGUGCCGCAUUAGAGCUCCUUGUUGCAAUGAGAUAUUUGAUUGUCGUCAUUGUCAUAAUGAGGCAAAGAAUAGCAUUAAUGUUGAUCAAAAGCAUAGACAUGACAUUCCACGCCAUCAAGUCAAACAGGUGAUAUGUUCACUAUGUGGCACCGAACAAGAGGUUCAGCAAGUAUGUAUUAAUUGUGGUGUCUGUAUGGGGAAAUACUUCUGCGAGACUUGCAAGUUGUUUGAUGAUGAUACAUCCAAGAAGCAGUAUCAUUGCAAUGGCUGUGGAAUUUGCAGAAUCGGAGGGCGUGAGAACUUCUUCCACUGCUCCAAGUGUGGUUGUUGCUACUCAAUUAUGUUGAAGAACAGCCACCCAUGUGUAGAAGGAGCUAUGCAUCAUGACUGCCCUGUUUGCUUUGAGUAUUUAUUCGAGUCAAGAAAUGAUGUGACUGUUCUGCCAUGUGGUCACACUAUUCACAAAUACUGCUUGAAGGAAAUGCGGGAUCAUCUUCAGUUUGCUUGCCCUCUUUGCUCGAAGUCUGUUUGUGAUAUGUCCAAGGUAUGGGAGAAAAUUGACAUGGAAAUUGCAGCUACACCUAUGCCGGAACCUUACCAAAAUAAAAUGGUUUGGAUCCUUUGCAAUGACUGUGGUAAAAAAUCGAAGGUACAGUUCCAUGUUGUGGCUCAGAAAUGCUUGAACUGCAAAUCUUAUAACACGCGCCAAACACGGGGCUGAGCAAGUGGCUAUGGCUAGACCAUUACAAUGUAACUGGCAAUGGCAAUGACAACUGCAAGUGUACUCAAAUCGAAUGCAUCUCUUACAGGGAUUUCCCUUCACUGUUUCAAUUACCUGAGUCAUAUUCAUGGAUAGAGGGAAUUGUGGUCCUCCCUUGGUGGUACUGACCUUGUUAUCUGCUGGGAAUCUCUCACAAUCGAUCCUGUCCUGCAGCUUCUCUUCCAGAAGAUCCCUCAUGAUCCACAUGCAAUCCCUGUUAUCCUAUGCAUUUGUCCCCCACACCCCCCCUCCCCCCCACCCCAUAUUGUUCUCUUGUAUUUAAAGAAUGCCAUCUAUGCUUUUAUUGCCAUCUACUUUCUUGUUUCCCUGCACUGGUAUGGUGCAGACU